AUGUUGCUGCUGCUGUGGAGGGUGGCGGCGCUGCGGGGGGCCCGUGGGCUCGGGGGCGCGCCGGCCCGGCGGCUCUCGGGGGCGGCCCGGCGCCACGAGAAAAAAGGCCUUGGUGAAGAAUCCACGCUCCGGCCGUUGUAUAUGGAUGUCCAGGCAACUACUCCUCUGGACCCCAGAGUUUUGGACAGCAUGCUCCCUUAUCUAAUGCACUACUAUGGCAACCCACAUUCCAGGACUCAUGCCUAUGGCUGGGAGAGUGAGUCUGCUAUGGAACGAGCCAGGCAGCAAGUUGCAUCAUUAAUAGGAGCAGAUCCUAGAGAGAUUAUUUUUACCAGUGGUGCUACAGAAUCAAAUAAUUUAGCAAUUAAGGGUGUUGCAAGAUUCUAUAAAUCCAGAAAGAAGCAUAUAAUUACAACUCAGACAGAACACAAGUGUGUGCUGGACUCUUGCCGUUAUCUGGAGGCUGAAGGCUUUCGUGUCACUUACUUGCCUGUUAAAAGAAAUGGGCUCAUAGAUUUAAAGGAACUGGAGGAUGCGCUCCAACCAGACACAAGCUUGGUGUCCAUAAUGACUGUGAACAAUGAAAUAGGUGUAAAGCAGCCAAUUAGUGACAUUGGUCAGAUCUGCAGCUCUCGUAAGGUUUUCUUCCACACCGAUGCUGCGCAGGCAGUUGGUAAAAUCCCUAUGGAUGUCAAUGAUAUGAAAAUUGACCUAAUGAGCAUCAGUGGCCAUAAAAUCUAUGGUCCAAAAGGGGUUGGUGCUAUCUAUAUUCGCCGUCGGCCCCGGGUGAGGUUGGAACCCUUACAGAGUGGGGGAGGCCAGGAGAGAGGAAUGCGAUCUGGGACUGUGCCUACACCUUUAGCAGUUGGCCUUGGGGCAGCGUGUGAAGUGUCUCAACAAGAGAUGGAGUAUGACUAUAAGCGAAUCUCUGUAUUGGCGGACCGACUCAUUACAAAAAUAAUGACUGAAAUUCCAGAUGUGGUUAUGAAUGGAGACCCAGAGCAUCACUAUCCAGGCUGCAUCAAUUUAUCUUUUGCGUAUGUGGAAGGAGAGAGUCUGCUGAUGGCUCUGAAAGACGUGGCUCUGUCUUCAGGAAGUGCUUGCACAUCUGCCUCUCUGGAGCCGUCCUAUGUGUUACGAGCAAUUGGGACUGAUGAAGACUUGGCUCACUCAUCCAUAAGGUUUGGCAUUGGUCGUUUCACUACAGAAGAAGAAGUAGAUUACACAGUGCAGAAGUGCAUACAGCAUGUCAAAAGGCUGAGGGAGAUGAGUCCACUGUGGGAAAUGGUGCAGGAUGGAGUUGACCUCAAAAGUAUUAAAUGGACCCAGCACUAGGAAAGCAGUUGAGUUGUAACCUUGGACUAGAUGGAUGUGGAUUAAAGUGCAUUUUCUGUA